AGUGAACGAAGAGGAGGAACAGGAGAAUCACAACAGAGCUACUACAGCUUUGACAGCUCUGUUUUGUGCCGCUGAAACACGCUGUUUGUCUGUUGUUACCGUUAACUGACAUGUCGCGAAAACCCAAAGAUGAAUUCUACCGUUUUUUUUCCGUUAGCGACCCACGCACACACGAGAAGGGGUACACCGAGUACAAAGUGACAGCGAGGUUUGUGUCCAAGCGUCAUCCAGAAGAUGUGAAGGAGGUGGUGGUGUGGAGGAGGUUCUCAGAGCUGAAGAAGCUCCAUGGGGAGCUGGCUUACACUCACAGGAAACUGUUCAGAAGACAGGAGGAGUUUCCAUCUUUUCCCCGCUCACAAGUCUUUGGAAGGUUUGAUGAGGCUGUGAUUGAAGAGAGGAGAAAUGCUGCAGAGGCCAUGCUUCUAUUUGCCACCAGCAUACCUGCUCUCUAUAAUAGCCCACAGCUCAAGGACUUCUUCAGAGGUGGUGAGGUCACAAGGCCUCUGGAGGCCACCCCUCUGUCCACUGCAGCAUCUCUUCCUCCCCCUCUCAUCCCCCUCCCCAAGCGGAGGGACUCAGACUGUGAACCUGCCGAAGAAGAGGAGGGAAGGGAAGCUCCCGCUUUACCCCAAGACCUGGGAACCAACCUGGGCUUAGAGGUGGGAGAACCGGAGGUGGCGGCUGAGGCUUACAGCGAGAUGGGAGGCUCUCCCAGAGAAGAACAAGAACAAGAGGAGCUUAGCGAUACAGAACUGGAUGACAGAGUUCCAUCUCUCGACCCGUGCCCAGCCAGAAACUACCAAUCACAAGAGUCCCAGGAAGAAUUUGAUUCACUGUUUGACUCUGUGGCAGAAGAGCAAGUCCCAUCCCUGAAAGAGGAUGGUCCACCUCCUCUGACUGAUAAUGACUUGGCUGUCUUUGAUCCCUGCUAUAAACAAGAUAAAUCCAAUUCCUCCAGCGACCACUCAGAGUUGUUCUCUCUGCCGCCUGCCAGUCUGGAUGGAGGGGAUGCGGGUUACCUAAACCAAGCUGGCACUGAGCUAACGGCUGCGAUGGAGUUGGAGAAGGAGGGAGAAUUUGGUUCUGCCAUUCGUAGAUACAGGACGGCGGUGGAUAUACUGAUCACUGGAGUGCAGGGAGACCCAGAUCCGAUACGCAAGGAGUCUGUGAUGAGGAGGACGGCCCAGUAUCUGAAGCAUACUGAGAUGUUGGUUGACAAGCACUCCUCGCCCACACACACUCUCACACCUACACACACAAACACACAGGAUCCUUAGUAGCACAUGCACAUUUUUGAAUACACUAUUCACACAUGAAGACUGAUCAAAGACAAACAAGCUCAGGGUUGUGACAUACAUAGGCACACACAUACAUUUCACACACACACACACACACACACACACUACCAUACACUCUUGAUAAAGGUUCACAUAAGCAUACUUACACAAAUGCAAAGUUACAUACAGUAUGUUGACACAUAGUGAGAACACAGAACUCAGAAAUACAUUCAGGCACUACCAGCACACCACACACAUAUAUGAACACACACUCCUGAGGUACACACUACACUGCAGACUGCUGCUUUAGCUGCCUUUGUGUAGUAAAAAAAAAACUGAUUUACUAAAUCUAAAGUAACUGCAAACAUCAUGCAUUUAUGGAUAAAUAAUCCAUCUCUCUCUUUCUCGUUUGAUUUUUACCUUCUUUUUACAAUGUUUCCUUGUUAAAUACAGUAAUGUGUGUGUAUAUCAGUAAUUUGCAUUUUGCACAAUGUUUUGUUAAUAAAUAUGAU